CUCCAUUUUCUCCCUGCAGUCAUCUAUCCUCACCUUCCUCUCUCAUGUGGGCACAGUAAACCUCUCUAACGCCAUACACCAUCACCUUUUCCUUUCUCCUUCCAUAUUUUUCAUGGCGGCUUCCAUCGACAACCGUCAAUACGCUGGCCCAUUAAACGGCGUCGCUCGUUCAUUCAACAUUUCCCCUCAUUUUAACUUCCCUGCAAAUCCCAAGAGAUCCGAACCUUUGCAGAUGGACUUGGACUUCUCCAGCGAAGAUGAAAACGACUCCGACGAGUUGAAGGACCUGAUACGAAAGGCUAGCUCCGAAGUGGAGGCCUCCAUCUUCGAUCCCCGCGAUGACGGAACCGCCGACUGCUGGAUCGAACGCAACGCUUCCCUGGUCCGCCUCACCGGGAAACACCCAUUCAACUCGGAGCCGUCUCUCACCCGCCUCAUGCAUCACGGCUUCAUCACCCCUGUCCCGCUCCACUAUGUCCGCAACCACGGCGCCGUCCCUCAUGCCCGGUGGGAUGACUGGACGGUCGAGGUGUGCGGCCUAGUGAAACGCCCCUCCAAAUUUACCAUGGAACAACUGGUCAACGAGUUCCCCGGCCGGGAGCUGCCAGUGACGCUGGUGUGUGCCGGCAACAGAAGGAAAGAACAAAACAUGGUGAAACAGAGCAUCGGUUUCAACUGGGGUGCGGCUGCGGUUUCCACUUCCGUCUGGAGAGGGGUGCCGUUAAGGUACUUGCUCAAGCGGUGCGGGAUCUAUAGCCGGACCAAAGGGGCAUUACACGUGUGCUUCGAAGGAGCUGAGGACCUUCCCGGAGGCGGUGGGUCCAAGUACGGGACAAGCAUCAAAAGAGAGAUUGCCAUGGACCCUGCCCGCGACAUCAUCAUCGCUUAUAUGCAAAACGGAGAGCGGUUGGCUCCGGAUCACGGGUUCCCGGUGAGGAUUAUCAUACCGGGCUUCAUCGGGGGCCGCAUGGUCAAGUGGCUCAAGCGUAUCAUUGUCACUCCCCAAGAGUCGGACAACUAUUACCAUUACAAGGACAACAGAGUACUUCCCUCCCACGUGGAUGCCGAGCUUGCCAAUGCUGAAGCUUGGUGGUACAAGCCUGAAUAUAUAAUCAACGAGCUCAACAUAAACUCUGUGAUAACCACGCCUUGUCACGAGGAGAUAUUGCCCAUAAACUCAUGGACUACUCAGAGGCCCUAUGUGAUGAGGGGCUAUUCAUAUUCCGGGGGCGGGAGAAAAGUGACACGUGUGGAGGUGACAUUGAACGGCGGGGAAACGUGGUUAGUGGCCACGUUGGAACACCCGGAGAAGCCGAACAGGUACGGUAAAUACUGGUGCUGGUGUUUCUGGUUGCUGGAGGUUGAGGUGUUGGACCUGCUCGGAGCCAAGGAAAUCGCUGUGCGAGCAUGGGACGAGGCCCUCAACACCCAACCCGAGAAGCUCGUUUGGAAUGUCAUGGGCAUGAUGAACAACUGCUGGUUCAAAUUGAAAACUAAUGUGUGCAGACCCCAUAAAGGGGAGAUUGGGAUUGUGUUUGAGCACCCGACGUUACCAGGGAACCAACCAGGUGGGUGGAUGACGAAAGAAAGGCACCUUGAGCAGACAUCGGAGUCAGCCCCGAGCCUCAAGAAGAGUGUCUCGACACCCUUCAUGAACACUUCCUCAAACAUGUACUCCCUCUCCGAAGUCAAAAGGCACACCUCCCCUGACUCUGCUUGGAUCAUCGUUCACGGCCAUGUCUACGACUGCACCCGCUUCCUCAAAGAUCACCCCGGUGGCACAGAUAGCAUCCUCAUCAACGCCGGCACUGACUGCACCGAAGAGUUCGAGGCCAUCCAUUCCGACAAAGCCAAGAAAAUGCUCGAGGACUACCGAAUUGGCGAGCUCAUGACUACCGGCUACAGCUCCCCUGACUCGUCUCCCAAUACAUCCAUGCACGGUAAUGCCGACACCAGCCACUUAGCGACAAUCACAGAAGCCCCACCAUUGCGCAGCGUGGCCCUCAAUCCACGUGAGAAAAUCCCAUGCAAGCUCGUGUCCAAAACGUCCAUCUCACACGACGUGAGACUUUUCCGUUUUGCGCUGCCCUCGGAGGACCAAAUCAUGGGUCUGCCGGUCGGAAAGCACAUAUUCGUAUGUGCUACCAUUGAGGACAAGUUAUGCAUGCGAGCUUACACUCCAACCACUAGCGUCAAUGAAGUCGGGUAUUUUGAGCUGGUUGUCAAGAUUUACUUCAAAGGGGUACACCCCAAGUUCCCCAACGGUGGGCUCAUGUCUCAGCACUUGGACUCGCUUCCUAUUGGCUCCGUCGUGGAAGUGAAGGGUCCACUAGGCCACAUAGAGUAUAUUGGAAGGGGUAAUUUUUUGGUUCACGGGAAGCCCAAGUUUGCGAAGAGGCUGACCUUGAUGGCCGGUGGGACCGGGAUCACGCCCAUUUAUCAAGUGGCUCAAGCCAUUCUGCAAGACCCAGAGGACCGGACCGAGAUGCACGUUGUGUAUGCGAACCGGACCGAGGACGAUAUUUUGCUGAGAGAAGAGCUGGAUGAGUGGGCUAAGAAGGAUGAGCGGUUCAAGGUGUGGUACGUGGUGCAGGAAAGCAAGCGGGAAGGGUGGGAAUACAGUGUGGGUUUCAUCACGGAGGAUAUCCUGAGGGAGCAUGCCCGGGAGGCAUCGGACGACACGAUGGCAUUGGCUUGCGGGCCACCACCCAUGAUUCAGUUCGCGGUGCAGCCCAAUUUGGAGAACAUGGGGUAUGACAUCAACAACAAUUUGCUUGUGUUUUAGGGAGACCCGUAGUCGGAGGAGUACGGUGUAUUGUGUAAAUGUGUAUAAUCGUGUCGAAUAAUGUUAUUAUUCAUGUUCCAGAUUUUUUAAUUUUUCCAUGGGAAAGCAGAUAUAUAAAAAGUCGGUUUGGGCAAAAGUUCUGGGCUUUUGGGGUUUAGAAAGACAACCUCCAUUGCGGGUUUUGAUGUCCCCUAGUAGGUAGAUAUGUAUAUUUCAUUCACGUGUUUAUAUAAAUGGAAGUGCCAAUUAGUUUUGGCUUGGGGGGUUCUA